AUGGGAUGUGCUACAGCAAAACCAAAAAGAGUCACCUUGCUUAUUAUCAUUGAUAGUCCACCACCAAGUUUGCCUUCCUCAAUGCAUAUUUUUGAUUUUGCUUUUAAUCAAUUUGAAUGUCCGGCUGCAAAGCUUCCAUUAUUUGAAAAAUAAAAUUAGCCUGUUAUACUUAGUUCUUAGCCUACCAAUGAGGGAAGAGAAUCUUAAACAGAGUGA